GUGAUCUCAGAGACAGACUCAGUCACUGUCAGCCACCAUCAUCUGCUUCAAUAUGUUUAGGUUAUUUUAUACUGGGGAGCAAGAAACUAUCAAAGGUUUCUCACGUUUACAGACACAGACAGGAACUGAACUGCUGUUAGUGUCACAUCAGAGGUCACCCUCUGAGGGCAAAGUGAGAUGUUUUUACACUGUGCAGUAUGCAGAUGUGAAUUCUCCCUCUUCACACAGUAACACAGUCUUUGUCAGCGUACGAAGUGACAGACAGUUUCUCAUUUCAGUUUAGAUUAAACUCUUCUAACAUUACACAUGUAUGUUAAUGUAAAUUAUAAAACAUGAUGACUCAGCGUUACAGUAGGACUUCUGUGAAUGUCAACACUGUUUUAUUUAUUGCACUGUUGAAACAUGACGAGUAUGUGACUGAUACUUAAUGAUGGUACAUUGAUCUUCAUGCAGGUCAGAAACCAAAGAUGAGUGUUCAGCAUUUUAAUGGAGAACAUGUUCAUUUCGUUUGCUCUCUGCCUGGAUCUGUGAAAAAUGACACAAGAUGUAAUCUGUACUUUGGAGAAGCAAGUCGUCCAGUCCUGACAGCAGCUGUCUUGAACAAUAGCGAGACAAAAACCAAACAGAGGUUCUGCCAGUUUUAUGUCCCAGUUGCUGAUUUUUUGAAGCAUCUAUUUCUUGUUCAACAAAAGGAUGCCAGCUGUGAUUACAGUUUGGAAAAUGAACCCAACUCUUUGUCACCUCGCAGUGAUCGAUACAACAUGACAAAUAUUUUGGCAAAAGAAUGCACAAUGUCACCAUGUACCAUGACCACAGCACAACUGAGUCUCAGCAAUCCCAGUGCUUCCAAUAAUACCACUCCUGUAACCCCCCCAUCAGAAGUUCCAAAACUUCAAAAGCCUGAAUCAAACCAUACCUCACAAAAGAAAACAUCAGCAGAAUCAAGAGCGACCACCACAAAGUCAACAUCUACCACAGCCACAGCAAAACCGCAGCAAAAUACUUCCACCUCUACCACUUCUGUGAACUCACCGUCUAAGUCAGCAGAAUCAAGUCUCACGACACCCAGGGCUUCCAUUUCUACCAGUACUGUGGACGUAUCAUCAGAAGAAGUCUCAAGAAAAACAAACACAAAAUCAUCAUUUACCUUGACCACAGAAUCGAGCCUCAGCAGUUUCAGUGCUUCCACUUCUCCCACUUCUGUCAUCUCACCAUCAGGAAAGUGGACACUGACUGUUGUGCUGGUCGUCAUUGGUUCUGGUGUAACUGUGGGUGCCAUCUUAUUGGUACUGGCACUUUUCAGAUCUAAAAGAAGAACUGAAGGAUAUUCUCUAAAGAGGACAAGAACCAGCAUCCAAGAUGACUUUGUGUGCAUGACAAAUAUUGACCCUGGAAGAAUGUUACCUGAAGGUGAUGAUGGAGCCUACAGUGUGAUCACUUCAAUACCUGAUGCCAGCUGUGCUACCGGUGCUCAGAAACUGAACAAACAAGAAAGGAGAGAGCAAGAUUUUGAUAUUUAUCAUCCAUACGCCACCAUCGCUGAGAAACCAGCUGCACCAGUCUCACAGGACAUGACCUACAGCAUGCUGCAGGCACAUUGAUGAUGCUUAUUAUUUUAUUUUCAGUAAUGGAACCAAAUGCCCACUGUCACUCUGUCAGUACUGGAAAUGUUUUUUGUCCCUUGAACAAACUGUACUCUGCAGAAACUGCAAGUUAAGAUUGAAACCGUGUUUUUGUUCUAAUCAAUGUUAGCACAACAUUUUGUAAUUGGAUAUAUUCUGCCUGGUUAAUGUCAAAUUGCUAUCUGUGUUUGGCUCAAAAUUUUUGCACAGCAUUUUUUCUGAAACUAUUUUUUUUUGCAUAUAGUGUAUCCAAGUAAUGACCCUUUUCCACUUUUGUAUUUUAUUCUAUUAAAUAUUUGUUAGACACUGGCAGGAGGCUGCUUUUGCAUCUGGGUUAGGAACAGGAGGGGUUACUUUUUUGUUUUUCUUGCUUUUGCUUUGACCAGAGCUGAGGGCCUAAAGUGGCCGUAGCUGGGCUGUAACGGUGGAGACUUUCUCUUCAGUGGUUAGUGGUUGUCAGUGCUGCCCUGGUUUGAACUGCACUGUAGUAACAGUGUGUGUAAAACUGAGAUGUACGUAUGUAUGUAUGAUGGUGUCCCUGUUAUUAAAACUCUUGAGCUCUUUACUGCCACAUGUUGCCACACAGACAUCUGGGAAACUAAGCCCAUGGCAACAGAAAUGACACAAAUGUACUCAUGCAUUUCACUUCCUUUCUUGUUCUUUGAUCUAAAUAAAACUCAUAAGUAGUUUCAAAGGGCUGUUAAUGUUCA